UUUCCUUCUGUUUUUCAGCUUGGUAAAGCUCCUGAAGAAUUUCCACCCAUUGAAGCAAUAGUUUUGCUUGGAGAGCCAGUGAGAUGGGAAACAAAUCUUCAGUUGAUUAUUGAUAUGCUAGUUACAAAUGGUAGCCCAUUGUCAAGUGUGCAGUCUGUACCAGGCCCCCAUAUUCCUGUAAUUGUUUCAAACACAGAUUUAAUCUACAUGGCAGAAGUUUCAUUACCCAGAUUUGGACAUGGUGCUUUUUUGCUUAGCUUGGAAAAUCUUUAUAAGAAAUUGACAGGUCAAGAAGUGGUUUACUCAGCAUAUCUAGGAAAGCCGUACUUAACAAGUUACCAGUAUGCAGAACACUGCCUGAAUCAAAACAAUGGAGGAGCAUCUGGCAAUCUGAGAACACUCUAUGCUGUCGGUGACAAUCUUGAUACAGACAUUUAUGGAGCUAAUUUGUGUCAUGAGUAUGUAAAGGUAUUUGAUAAUGCUAGCGGAGGUAUUAAUGCUGGUGAAAAUGAGCCAAGCAAGUCCUCGGCUCAACUGGAACAGAAUGCAUUCAAUUGGUUACCUGGAGUUAGGAAAGUGGAAUCAAUUCUUGUACGAACUGGGGUAUCAACUCAAAAUAAUGACAAGCAGCCUUCAACCACAGAAGGUGCUCAAUUUUUACAUCGUGACACUCAUUAUCAUCCUCACCUGAGGAGAGCAAACCACAUUGUGGAGAAUAUUGCCCAAGCAGUUGAACUAAUCCUAAAGCGGGAACAGACAAAUUCUCAAUAGGAACAAGGAACAUGUUUGAAAAAGAGUACAUGUAAAUUAAGUACAGUAAUUUCCACAAAUUUUCAGAAAAAAAUUAUUCAAAGUGUUUCAUAUUUUCCCCAACAGAAAAGUUUUGCAAAUUUCCAACUUAUCCCUAACUUAAUAGUAGAUGGUGAUUAACUAAAUAGAAAUAUUCUGGUAAAAUGCAUCCUAAGGUAACCUGUUAAGAUUAAUUUAAAAUUUCUACUCUACACCAAAUUUUACCUAGGAAUGGUUUUAAUUUAAUCAUCGAAACAAAAGAAAAUUCCAGUAGUGUUUAAUUUUUUUUAUUUCAAAAUAUUUACUUGUGUAUUACUGCUAAGUAACAGUUUCUGAAAGCUUCAUUUAAAAAAUACUUGUAAUUGUGACAAUUAAUUAGUUUUUAGCAAGGUUACCAAUAAGAAAUAUUCCUAUUGUAUAAACUGCAAAUUAUGCUGCUAAAAAUUUGAAUAUCAAAACUGGUUUCUGUUGCUCUAGGAAUUUUUUUUUUCAAUAGUUUGCUAAUAGCAAUAUUUUUAAUAUAGGAUAGGGCUUUUGUACAUGCACAUUUUAAACCAAUAAUGCAAAUAUAUAUAUUUAUUUAGAAAUUCAACCCACCAAAAGUACACUUUCUUAUCAGAUGAAUACAUUCUUAGCUGUCAAAUAUACAAAGAAAUUUCUUGUUUUGUUGUAGACUUAUAUAAGAUACACGGGAACCGUGCAGGGGGUGGGGCUGGGGGGGCUUUAGUCCCCCCUACUUUUUUGGCUGAUUAAAUCACUAUUUUUUUUUACUUAGAAGUUAGUCUAUUCAUUUAGAUUUGGUCAAACGUGAAGGCCAGUUUGUUACUCGUUGUUUUAUAAGAAUUAAAAAUUAACUUCCCUUUUGGCAGUUUUAGAUCCAUUUUCUAGCCAUUUCAGAAGACUUUAAUUUCAAAUUUUCCCAAGUGAAGCAUGUCCCCGGACCCCCCUAGUUGGCUCACGCUAACGCUUUCGCAUUAGCCCCCCCCCCACUUGAAAAUCCGCUCCGCGGACCCCGAUUCAUCAUUAUUUUAAAAAAUUGUCUUGCAUAGUGGUUGUAUUAUUAAUGCAAGUAACGCUGAAUGUAGAAUUUUAUUUAAGGACAGUGUUGUAUUUGACAAUGUUUCAUCUAAAGAAUAUUACUAUUUUAAUUCCCAUUUAUUUCGCUUUCUUGGAAUGGAAAUUUUGUGUUAAAUAUUUUCUUAAACAUAAAGACUAAAUUGUUUUCAA